AUGUCUGGAGGGAAGCAUAAAGAACGACCAUUCAGGUCUCUCUUUCCGUCAUCUACAUCCAUAAAAGACUUUGCAUAUCCUCAAUCUCACCCUAUGAGAAGUGGGGACUUCAUUCUUUCCCUUCAUGAUAGCAUAGUGAACUAUCACGAAGAUGACACGCUUAGUUUUAAUGAUGGUUUUGAAGGAUACAAUAGCAUUCCAGAAUACUCUUCUGAUGAGAUUAAUUGCAAAGCGAUAGCUUUGUUUGAUUUUACACCAGAGAAUGAUAAUGAAGUGGCAUUAAAAGAAGGGCAGAUGAUUUGGAUAUCAUAUAGACACGGGCAAGGAUGGCUUGUCGCUGAGGAUCCUGAAACAGGAGAAAACGGGCUUGUCCCAGAGGAGUACGUCGAGGCUAUUUAUGAGACGGAAGAUGAUAUUGGCGAGGAAGACAUACCUAAGCCUUUUCUUCCGGGAAUACUUCAGGGCUAUAGUAAUACUGAGACACCGAAAGAGAAUGAAAGCGAAAGUGAUUGGGUUGACACAGACUACGACGAUGAAGACAAUAAUGGCGACGAUCAUGAAGCUAAUAACGAAUUUGAUCAUCAAAUUACUGCAGCUAAUUCAGAUCGAAUGAAUAAAUUGCUGAGUGGUGUAGAAGGCAUCUCAUUAAGAUAA